CGCACAAUGAACCCUAACGGUGAGUGGGUAGCGGCUGCUGCUUUGUUCCCAUUGUACUCAUACGCACCAGCGCCCAGCACGCCCGAUGUCCCCCAGCCUGAGCUGCAGCUGCUGCCGCAGGAUCAGCAGCAGCAGCAGUUUCCGCCGCAGCUCCAGCCGCAACCCCAGCAUCAAGUUCACCUUCAACCUCAGCAGCACCAGCUGCUUCAGCAACUCCAGCAACCACCUCCCCAGCUGCAGCAGCCCAUACCGCCGCAACUCCAAUGCCGCACGCCGCAGAUGGUGCCCCAGUACGACUUCUUCCCCGGCUUCCCUGGAGAACCUGGCCCUGGCCUCCCUCCCCCGCCACCCGAUCAAGCAUACCGCGGCUUCCAUCCAUACCCCCCUCAUCCCAUGUACCACCCCAUGCCCUUCCACAUCCCGCCGCAGCCCAUGAUGGCCCGCUCCGCCCGCGGCGCCGAGCGCUACUACCCCCACUUCCCCUACCCCCGUCGCGCACCCCACCCCUACGCGCCCUACCCGCCGCCCUUCUACUUCCCCCGCCCGCCGCCGCCGUAUAUGCACUCCCUGCCCCCCGGCCCGCUCCCCGCACAAGCCCGCCGCGCCGCGAAGAAGCCGCACGUGCCGCGCCCUCCGAACGCGUUCAUGCUCUUCCGCUCGGACUACCUGCGCAAGACGCAGCACUCAGAGAAGCGGCAGCAGCACCUGAGCCGGCUGGCGGGCGAGGAGUGGCACAAGCUCGAGGAGGAGGAGCGCACGAAGUGGAUGGAGCUCGCGGCGAGCGUGGCGCAGAAGCACAGCGAGGAGCACCCGACGUAUCGGUUCACGCCCGCGCCGAGGGCGGGCGGGGUGCCGGUGCCGGGAGAGGGUGCCGAUCCUGUUGCGAUUGCGGCUACCUCGAGCGGCAGUGGAAGCGCGAAGGCGACGAAGCCGUCGUCGCGCCGGCGCGCGCGGGACGGUGACGACGACGAGUACGUGGAGAGUUCGCGCAAGCGCAGGCGCCGCCACUCGCCCAAGUCGCCCACCGAGGCCUCCUCCAGCGGCGGCGACUCCCCCCAGAUCAUCUCACCCACCCUCGAGGGGGCCCGCUCGUCCUCCGCCCUGCCGCCCCUGCGCCCGACGCUGCCCCCUCCCCCGCCGCUCGACAUCGAUCCGCCGAAUCCCACGCCCGAGGUACCGCGCAUGCUCGGCCCGACGAUCCCGUAUCAUCACCCCGUGCAGCCUGCCAACACUCUGCGGCGCCGGCCGUCGACGGCCACGGGCAUCCGCCCGGGGGACGAGAAGCCCAAGGCGGACGAUGUGUUCGCGCAGCCGGUGCUCGACCGCCCGCUCUCCGCAACCGACUACGAUUCGCUCAAGCGGCAGAGUAUCUCGCAGGAAAGGAGGGGCUCGAACAGCGGCCUGCUUGCGUAUCCGCCUCUGGGGUUCGACUUCACCUCCAAUGGUGGCUUUGACUUCAGCCUCGCCAACGCUUGGGCGCCUUUAUCCGUCCCUGUUGGCAACGGAGACCUUGGCGAUGUAGACUUCCUCAUGGGCACGAACUUCAACAACUAUGGCUUCGACACGCUCUGGCCCGCGGAGCAUGCGCCGACCGACUCGGGCUCGCAGCAGCCACAGUUCCCUGAGCACUCGCCGGCCGAGUAGAUGGAACUGGUGUGCUGUAGCCUCUUAUGCUUCCCUUUGACGACUUUUCUCAUUGUCCCUGAUAUCCUUCCCGUAUCGAACUGUCUCUCAUCGCACCUCAUUGUAUUUAUAGCCCUGUUGUAUCUGGAUACGCUCGCGCUCGUGUUAUCCCUGUCGCAUCGUCGUCUCCUGAUAUGUUCUGUCUCGCAUUGUACCGCUAGCCUACGUUCUGAAUAGAGUUCUGCACACAACCUCCCGCCAUCU